CUUCAAUGUUUAUAUACUUACCACCCUAUUCAUGUAUGAAAUUGGAAGAUUUUUUAUGUGAUAUGAAAUUGGGUGGUAUAAAUAUGAAGAAAAAAAGUUCAGGUGUUCCAUGUGUAAAUACAUAGGAAUCGGAUGGUAUAUAGGCAAAUGCCAUAAAAUAUAAUUUUAGGCCUUUGUGAUGUCCUCUAAUCACACACAACUACUAUUGUAAGCUUCAUUUGUAAUUUUUUCUUACAAUAUAUGAAUUUCAGACUGAAGGAGAGGUUGGGUUUUGAACCAUCUGAUAGACAACUCGCCUCUUCAUUAAAAAUCUCCUGUAAAAGCCUGCGUGCAAAGCUGUUGGAAUGUUCUUUAGCAACAGAGAAACUUGCUAUGAGUAAUGUUCGUCUUGUCAUGUCCAUUGCACAAAAAUAUGAUAACAUGGGCUCCGACAUGGCCGACCUCAUUCAGGGUGGUUUGAUUGGAUUACUUCGCGGCAUAGAGAAAUUUGAUUCCUCCAAAGGCUGCAAAAUUUCAACCUAUGUAUACUGGUGGAUCCGACAG